UCGGACAGGCCAGACGUUAACCGAAGAGGUCGUUGAAGUUCCUCUCACUUUUUCAUCGCAGAACGGCACACUCACAGCCUUGUCUUCCAUGAAGCACCAAUUUGUAUCAUCAUCAGCAGCAGUAGUAAAGUCUUUGCAACAUGGGUGUUGCUCCGUCUAUCCUCACGGUGCCGUCGACGUCAAUAUCAAGAGAUAUUGAAGCUCUCAAGGCUCUGUGUCCAAGUCGCUUUCGUGUGGAAAAGCCGUCGUCCGAUGCUACCAGCAACAACAACAACAAUGCAUCCUCCUUUGCCGUCUUGACCGACAAGAAUGGCUCCUUGACAUUGAUACUCGUGGCCAUUCCAGUGCCGGCUGCCAAUCGUCUCGUUGCCAAUCGAGUUACAUUUGUACUCCAAGAAGCAGAAUUGCGCAGUGUCGUCAAUCGAUGUGAAGACAUGCGGCUCCUGACCAACUUGGUCACCGAACCACGUCCAGUGUCGCAGCAGAGCAAUGCCUUUUUGACGGAAGCAGAAACCUUUGUCAUUACCAUGGCAGAGUUGAGUUUACCCGGUGGAGCGGGUGUGGCACUCGUGUCGCCAUCCGGAGCCGCAUCACGACAAGAAUUGGGACAAAAACUCGCCGAUAGCUUGACAAAGUCUCUGCCCAAGGGAAUUGCCCGAUCCAAAAGUAUUAGUAGUAAUACCAAAAACAGCAGCAAACAGUUGCAACCACAACAACAGCCAAAGCAGCCAAAACAACAACAGCCAAAACAAAAGCAGCAACAACAACCACAAAAGCCACGCUUGACCAUUUCGUCCUCACCUCGUCGAGCAACACCCGAACGACGAGAGAGUUUUGGGACGCGACGAUCCUCCGGAAGUACUCCACGCAUCAGCGCGAAUAGCCCUCAUCGCAGUCUAUCGCCGUGUCCGGCUACUCCGUCUCGACAGCAUCAAAACUUUGCGACGGCCACCAAGUUUGGAGGAAGUCCUUCUUGUGGUCUACUACACGAUCGCCCCUCCUUUCCGACGCUGAAAAUCAAUUCUCUUCAUUUGAACGGAAAGUACAAGACCGACUUUGGCGUCAAUGCCAGGGUAUCCAUACCGGUAGAAACCGAACUGUUUGUCGGUCAAAUGGUAUUCUUGAUUCGACCUCCCGAUGAUACCACGAACGACGCCAAUAGCUAUUGGAACGAACGGGUCUUUGCCAACAAGAAACGGCGCGUUAUGGUACAAGUGCAAGGAAAGUUCAAGUACGAGCCCAAAGGAAUUGUCUUUGCAGGAUUGGAAGCGUCAAAGGAACUACGUCUCGGGCGGUUGUCAAAAGGUCUUUCAGGUCUCUUUUUGAAAUGGGCACAAGACAAGAGUCAAAACAUGUACCACUCCUUUGGCACUGAAAAGGAAAAGGCCAGAGUUGUUGUUCCUGCCCAUACGUUCUUUGAUAGAGUGGUUGUGACACCGCCAGGAUGCAAACCACCAAACAUUCUAGAACCGUUGAAUGAACGCCAAGAAGAAAAGGAUCUUCGAAUGAAGCAACAGCAAAAGACAUGCUCGGAAGAGUAUCCUUAUCAUCCCAAUCCUCACGAUUGCUUAAAGAACAAUAACAACAACAAUCCACGCGACUCUGUUCCAGAAUCAGCUGAAGAAGAUUGGAACUGGAACAUCAACGACAUGUAUUCCAUGUCGUUUUGUACCUCCAAUCUCGAUUUGCCGACGUGGUCGCUUUUGGAUGUACCCGAGCUAGGUAACUUGGGGCUAAAGGCUUUGAUUGGCAACUCUAUGCUCCGAUUCGUCAUGUACGAGAACCUUACGACGCCGGAGAAGGGUGGUGGUCACCUCCAGCACUAUCUGCGUUAUGCCUAUGUCAUCCAGUUCAAGUUCUUGGGGUCUCGUACGUCCAACGAUGCAAAGCAACACGACGAAGAAGCUUUCGGCAUUCUGGAUUGGGUCCAAAACAAAUCAUUGGAAAAGUCUGCCAAUACUACAAAUAACCCUAGCAAGAAGGCUACUGGGCACAACGAAAAUGCCGAGGACGAAACUGAAGAAAAGGAGAAUGACGCAUUGGCACUGAAGACAUCUGAGAGCGACAAAUUUCCGACUGACGAGAGAGAAGCUGACGUUGUUGUUGACAAGGAAUAUGAAGAGUUCCUCAGCGAUGAAGCAGACGUCGCUAUACCUGACCAGCGUCCAAAGCUUUCUAGUGCACCUUUCGAUGAUCUUGCCGUUGUUGAUACAUUAUGCCCCGCAUGGAUUGAGAUGUGCGCUUCACAGGGCAAGUAUACCAGAGCUUAUGCAUUCAAUGUGAAUGGCCGGACGGUGUUCCGAACACCACAAUCCUUCCGAGAUCUUCUUGGUGUCGGAAAAUAUCUGGUUGGCGACGAGACAGAGGCCUCGAUGGACAGAGUAUGCUCACCUCGGUUGUCCAGCGCAGAAAGAACCCGUCGUCUGUUUGGGAAAAUGCUUGAGGUUGCUCUAAGAGGCAAGAACGCAGAUAGCCUCAAGCGAAUGAUGGAACUGUACAGCUCUCAGUUUCUGAGGCGACGCGAAACGAGUUUUCCAGAAAAAGAACAGUCCUCGAAUGAGACGAAAGGGAUCGUUGCCCGGGCUUUGAGCGAUCGCCACUGGAUUGAAGAGUGGACCGAAGUAUCUGCUGAUCGCAUUACGUUUGCCCAUCCCGAUUCAAGGAAACUUCAUUUUGCGAUCAAUCUGGAAUGCAUUGUUGCAGUCAGAAGCCUUGAAAGCGAUGAAGGUCCAAUCAUUCACAAUUGCUGCUUCAUGGUUGUUGAAACCUUGGGCCGGGCCACCUACAUCAUGUUUGCCACCGAAGCUGAUCGAAAGAAGUGCUUUGAUGCAAUCGUGAAAGCAGCUACCAGCGUUCGUAACAAGAAGGAUAGCAACAACAAACCGCAACUGUACUUGAACUUACCAAGGGAGGAGUUCACACGAAAGAGCACCAUGUGGGCCUGUGGCAAUCGACUCAUUAUGAAUACGCGGCAAAUGUCCUUUAGAGCUCCUCUCCCCUCGGAGCUCCUCGACCCCCUCGAAGUAGUCGAGGAUGCCCUCAGAAAGGCGCUCCAUCGCGAUAUUGAGAAAAGUGAUGCUGUUUUUCAGAGCUUCCUCGACAGGGUUGCACAGCUGAAAAACGUCUGUGUGAACCAUCUACGAGAGGAUACUCGUUUGGCCUUCUUCCUCAACCUCUAUCAUGUAAUGGUGACACACGCCGCUCUCGUGGUCGGCGCAACGGACUCGCAGUAUUCCUUGGUGAAUCGAUUCAGUUGCUUGUCAUAUCAGACAUGCGAUGAUAUCUUUUCGAUCAGCGAGCUAGAACAUUGUAUCCUUCGUGCCCAGAUGACUCGGUUGGCUCCGUUGGUUCCAAGUACAAACGCCAAAGCCCCGCCAGCCAUCAACUCUAGAUUGCUCAAGGCAACCUCUCCCUUCCGGACGAUUCCCCCGGUACCGUUCAGAUUCACCACUCCAAACUCCAAGUUUUGCUUUGCUCUUCAAAAGGCAGACUUUCGACUUAACUUUGCCAUCAACUGUGGCUCCACAAGCAACCCUGCUGAAAUUCCAAUCUACUCUGUGGAGAUGCUUCAGCAACAGCUAGAUGAAGCAUGCAAGCUUUACCUUCACAACCACAUUGCCAUCAAAAAACGUAACAAACACUAUGUCUGUGUACUGCCUCGUUUGUGUCAGUGGUAUGCCGAAGACUUUGGGUCAACCAAUUACUCGGUUCUCAAGACAUUGGAACCUUAUGUGCAUCACCACGAACGCAAGAUCUUGGCUUCGUCCGACUUUGCAAGUCUUCCCAUUACGCCAAAGUACUUAUCCUUCAGCUUUGAUUGUCGCAAGUUGGUGUCGAAAGAAGAACAAUUCUACACUGCCACAGGUACUCUGGCAUCUUCAGGGUCGUCUGAGAUGUCCACGGUCUCGUCUUCGGUCAUGUCAGGUCCAAUGACCCUUUCGGAUGGUCCAAUUUCGACCGAUGGCGAAAAUGAUAUCGAUAGCCUAUUGGAUUUCCUCAUGGACGAUGCGUUGGAGAUACCCACAGUUGGCCAAGCAUUCUAAAAGAGUUCCGAAAGGUAUUGUAGUUCUAGCUUUUCGUGGUUGUAUAAACACACACACACACACCCUUCCCACUGCUCACUUAAAAAACAAGUACUAGUAAAAGUUAUUCAUUC